GGGAGACGUGUCCUCACGGACGCUCUCGUGGCUGUUGCGUCUUUGAAGACGUUGCCUCUUUCUCCCUUCAGCUCCCGGGCGCCGUUUCAGCAGGCGCUCGCGGUGGUCUCUGCCCCACUUGGCGUUAGUUCUCGCGUGUCCCUGACCUCUGUAUUGAGCUUGGACCCAACGCAAGCAGAACACGGACUAAUUAGAGAGCGGGCUCUGUCCAACCCAAGGAGGCGGCCCAGCUUGUCGGCAGGGACAGCGUUUCCGCCAGAAGCGCUCUCGAAGGAGCUCGAGGGUCCUUCACAAACUUCUCAGCGGCUCUUAGGAAAGCCAGACCGAGCAAGCCUCUUCCCCUAGAGACCGGGGCUAGCGGCUCAGUACAGUAGAAAGAUCUUUCGCAUUUGGAAGGAAUGUGGUCCAGAUCGACAAUGCGGGUGUGCUGGUUGGUGAGACAGGACAGCCAGCACCAGCGAAUCAAACUUCCACAUUUGGAAGCAGUUGUGAUUGGACGCAGCCCAGAGACCAAGAUCACUGAUAAGAAAUGUUCUCGACAGCAAGUACAGUUGAAAGCGGAGUGUAACAAGGGAUAUGUGAAGGUAAAGCAGGUGGGGGUCAAUCCCACCAGCAUUGACUCAGUCAUCAUUGGGAAGGACCAAGAGAUGAAGCUGUACCCUGGCCAGGUUCUCUGCAUGGUGAAUGAACUUUAUCCAUAUAUUGUAGAGUUUGAGGAAGAGGCAAAGAGCUCUGGCCUGGAAACACACAGGAAGAGAAAGAGGUCAGGCAACAAUGAUUCUGUUGAAAGGGAUGCUGCCCAGGAAGCUGAGCCUGGCACAGGGCUCGGACCUGGGAGCAGCCCCAGCCACUGUCCUGUGCCCCCAAAGAAGGGGAAGGAUGCAUCUACCAACAAGGAACCUCUGGGUCACUGGAGUCAAGGCUUGAAGAUUUCAAUGCAGGACCCCAAAAUGCAGGUCUACAAAGAUGAGCAGGUGGUAGUGAUUAAGGAUAAAUAUCCGAAGGCCCGUUACCACUGGCUGGUUUUACCAUGGGCCUCCAUUUCCAGUCUGAAGGCUGUGACCAGGGAACACCUUGAACUCCUCAAACAUAUGCACACUGUAGGGGAAAAGGUGAUUGCAGAUUUUGGGUCCAGCAAACUCCGCUUCCGACUGGGCUACCACGCCAUUCCUAGCAUGAGCCAUGUACACCUUCAUGUGAUCAGCCAGGAUUUUGAUUCUCCUUGCCUUAAAAAUAAAAAACACUGGAAUUCUUUCAAUACAGAAUACUUCCUAGAAUCACAAGCUGUGAUCGGGAUGGUGCAAGAGGCUGGCGGAGUGACUGUCCGAGAUGGGACCUCUGAGCUCCUGAAGCUGCCCCUUCGUUGUCAUGAGUGCCAGCAGCAGCUGCCUUCCAUUCCUCAGCUGAAGGAGCAUCUCAGGAAGCACUGGACAGCGUGAUUCUGCAGGGCUGAACGGCUGCUGCGGGUGCGGCCAGCUGUUCGGAGCGAACUGCUGGCACCUAUUCUGGGUUGCUUGUGAACUGUUCAUUUCUUGGAUUAAAACAUGCAGCAUUUUUACAAAGCUUA